GUCGCGCGGGCCCUAUAAAAGCAGCUGCUGGCCAGCAGCCUCUUGCACACAUUCGAAUGUCACCGAAAGCGCCACAACUCCGGACAACUUCUGGUCGCGACUCGCUUUGAAUUAUCCAACAGCCCUCAAUCGCACCCGUUCCAUGGACAUCUAAGAAGAAUUCCCAGCCAGAACUAUCCCAGCCAAUGAAUGUGAAGUGAAUUUAUGAGUUUGAGCUUGUGGCACUAUCUGUGGAGCUUCUUGAACAGUAUUUCCGAUAUUUUUUAAAGUUAUCACGGAUUCCUCUACCAUGGAUUGGUGCAGCUGUACGAUUUGAGUGUGAUAAAUAUAGGGAUUCGCAGUGCGGCGGCGGGAACUACAGCGUCGUCGACAUCGAGACGUUUUGGGUCAAGGACACGACGGGAUAUAUAGUUGCAGAUGUCACCAACGGGACAUGUAUCGAAGACGCCCACGCCACACGAUAACGAUAACAAUAGCAUCAGCGACGAGCGCGAGGAAUGGAGCGGCAAGGUGGAUUUUUUAUUAUCGGUUAUUGGAUUCGCCGUCGAUUUAGCAAACGUCUGGAGAUUUCCCUAUUUGUGCUACAAAAAUGGAGGUGGCGCUUUUCUUGUGCCCUAUGGCAUUAUGCUGGUGGUCGGAGGCAUACCGCUGUUCUACAUGGAGCUGGCACUUGGCCAGCACAUCCGUAAGGGGGCCAUCACGUGCUGGGGUCGCGUAGUCCCGCUCCUCAAAGGGAUCGGUUAUGCGGUCGUGCUGAUCGCGUUCUAUGUGGACUUCUACUACAAUGUGAUCAUUGCCUGGUCGUUGCGUUUCUUUUUUGCAUCCUUCACCAGCAGCUUGCCCUGGACAUCUUGCAAUAACGUUUGGAAUACUCAAAACUGCAGACCGUUUGAGAGCCAAAAUACUUCACGCGUUCCACUGAUAGGAAAUGUCAGUGACUUUUCUGCCUUGAACAAUGAGAGCCUGCUCUACGGCAACGAGUCCUAUACCAAUGGUUCGUUCACGAGUCUGGAGACAGUGCCAGUGCCAGCGAACCACCACGACGGCUUUCAUUCCGCCGCCUCUGAGUACUUCAACCGCUACAUACUGGAGCUGAAUCAGAGCGAAGGCAUCCACGACCUGGGCGCCAUUAAGUGGGACAUGGCCCUGUGCCUGUUGAUUGUCUAUCUAAUCUGCUACUUCUCUCUGUGGAAGGGCAUCAGCACGUCGGGCAAGGUUGUGUGGUUCACGGCACUGUUCCCCUACGUGGUGCUGCUCAUCCUUUUGAUCAGGGGUCUCACCCUCCCUGGAUCGUUCCUGGGCAUUCAGUACUAUCUCACGCCCAACUUCAGUGCCAUCUACAAGGCUGAGGUGUGGGUCGAUGCUGCCACUCAGGUGUUUUUCUCCUUGGGCCCUGGUUUUGGGGUGCUGUUGGCUUAUGCCUCCUAUAACAAGUACCAUAAUAAUGUGUACAAAGAUGCUCUGCUAACAAGUUUCAUCAACUCGGCCACCAGUUUCAUUGCCGGGUUUGUGAUAUUCUCCGUUUUGGGUUACAUGGCACAUACUCUGGGCGUACGGAUCGAGGAUGUGGCCACUGAGGGUCCUGGCCUGGUGUUUGUCGUCUACCCGGCGGCCAUCGCCACCAUGCCGGCUAGCACGUUCUGGGCUUUGAUAUUCUUUAUGAUGCUGCUUACCUUGGGACUCGAUAGUUCGUUUGGUGGAUCGGAGGCCAUUAUCACCGCUCUGAGCGAUGAGUUCCCCAAGAUACGGAAGAACCGUGAGCUGUUCGUGGCCGGUCUGUUCUCGCUGUACUUUGUGGUAGGACUGGCCAGCUGCACCCAAGGCGGCUUCUACUUUUUCCAUCUCCUGGACCGCUAUGCCGCUGGCUACUCGAUUCUGGUGGCCGUGUUCUUUGAGGCGAUCGCUGUGUCCUGGAUCUAUGGCACCAACCGUUUCAGCGAGGACAUACGCGACAUGAUUGGCUUCCCCCCGGGCAGAUACUGGCAGGUAUGCUGGCGCUUUGUGGCGCCCAUCUUUCUGCUGUUCAUUACGGUUUACGGGCUCAUGGGCUACGAGCCGCUGACUUAUGGCGACUAUGUCUAUCCCAGUUGGGCCAAUGCGCUGGGCUGGUGCAUAGCAGGCUCUUCGGUGAUCAUGAUUCCAGCGGUGGCCAUAUUCAAGCUGCUUACCACGCCGGGCAGCCUGCGGCAGCGCCUGACUAUACUUACCACGCCGUGGCGUGACCAGCAGUCGAUGGCAAUGGUGCUGAACGGGGUCACCACCGAGGUGACCCUGGUGCGACUUACCGACACGGACACUGCCAAGGAACCGGUUGACGUCUGAGUUAGGCCCAUGGCCCGUUUUCAAGUUUACUACGUCUAGACUUGGGAAUUUACCAACAACUCCUGUUCACGUACUUUGUUGCAUUGCGGAGAUAGGAGGAGAAAGAACUCCCCCAGUUAGGAUUUGUUUCAUCGUUAGCCAAUGGUCGGUGCUAGAGGAAUAGCUCUAGGUUGCCAAUUGCAAAUUUCGCAUACAACGUACUUAGGUUUCGGAACCACAAAACGAAAAAGGAAAGCAAAAGAAAAAACAGAAGCUGCUCCAAACCAUAAGUGUUAUGUUAAGAGUAGCUUGUAAUUUGUAUGGCUAAUGCCAGUUAUAAGUAUAUACAUAUAUAUACAAUGCUGUGUAGAUAAUACCAAUACCAAUACGAAAAGCACGCCAAACUGUCGUCUAACCAAAUCCCUCAAGAUAUUAGAAAUUGUGCGAGAAAUCAAAGUCCUGCACCAAUGCCAAGGGAAUUAAAGACACGAUCCUUGCUCAGCUCUCAGCAGAUUGGGCACAAGAUCUGUACAUACACAAACAGUAGAUGAUGUAAAAGCUUUAAACACAUUAGAGGAUCUCUCAUCGAACUGAAGCAUACGCUGCCACAGUGGAACCACGAAAUCCCUUCAAACAGCCAUGAAGGGAUUUUGUGUUGAUUGAUUUCCAGUAGUCCCCAUUGAAGUCCCCCAAGAACUACGAUUGGUCGUUUAAAGCAGCCAUUUUAAACCAUCAAUUGGAAGUUAUACCAUCCCCAAGUCAGUGUUCAGUUCUGUAUAUAGACUUUUGAUAUGUUAUUGGUUUCUUUUAAAGAUUCUUCACACUGAAGCAGAACCGACAGCCAUUGGUUUUGCUUCAAUUUGUUGAAAUAAAUUAUUAAACUUUCAGUUAGCGAAAUAA